ACCACCCAGGCACCGUGAGACGGCAGUGCUGCUCGCUGUGCCGCCCUGGCCUGUCCUUCCGUAGGGCUGGGGAUCCGGAAGCGGAUGAGUAAGACUGCACGUGUUUCUGGGAUGAAUCAUUCACUUAUGUGGACGAGCGCCCUUGCGUGUCUGAGUCUGCUGGCCCUCACUUGGACACCAGUGUGUGCCGAUGCUGUGCACUGCGACGACGGCAGCAUACCUUGCCUCUCAGCGUCCGGUGUGUACGGCUGCUGUGCACUGCCGAAUGACUUGUCCGUUUCAGACGACCAGUGUGCUGAGGGAUACCAGCACGGUCCAGAUGGAACCACCUGCAUUAAGAAAGAAGGCCAUGCGGAGGCUAUCAUCUGUCCCGAUGGCGAGUCUGAGUGUCCAGACGAGACGACCUGUUGCCAGCUCCCGGACAGCAGCUGGGGGUGCUGCCCCAUGGUCGAGGCAGUGUGCUGUGAAGACAGGAGGCACUGCUGCCCACAGGGAACCAAAUGUGACAUUGCUCACUCCAAGUGUGUCUCCCCCACCCUGGAAGAGACACUCAUGUAUAGGAAGUUUCCUGCUAAGAGGAGGGUGUUAUCGGAGGAGCGCGUCGACAGCGCAGCUGGGACAGCAGCAUCCAUAACCUGUCCAGAUGGGAAGAGCCAGUGCCCUGAAGGUACCACAUGCUGCCAGAUGACCAGUGGAUCCUAUGGCUGCUGCCCCUUUCCCAAUGCUGUGUGCUGCACUGACCACCUGCACUGUUGCCCUGGAAACACCACAUGUGACCUCGAACACCAGGUGUGCGUAUCCGCUGACGGACAAACCCCUCUGGCCAGGCGCUUCCCCCCAGUGCUCAGAGUUGUCGUGUGCCCAGACCAGGUGUCCCAUUGCCCCGACGAGACCACCUGCUGUAUGCUGAAUAACGGCAGUUAUGGCUGUUGUCCUUUGCCUAGAGCUGUGUGCUGCUCCGACCACCUCCACUGCUGCCCUGAAGGCACCACGUGUGACCUGGCCCACAGCACCUGCGUGUCUCCCAGCGGCAGCACCAACUGGGCUCACAAGCUGCCUGCCAGAAGGGGACCUCCUGCAGAGAGUACGGUUGGCGUAGUUCCCUGCAACAACUCGGUGGCCUGUCCUGAUGACACCACCUGCUGCAAAACAGAGCGGGGGCAGUGGGCGUGCUGCCCUUAUUCUCAGGCCGUUUGCUGUUCCGACCACAUCCACUGCUGUCCUCAAAAUACAGUGUGCAACUUGUCUGCUGGCAGCUGUGACACCUCCAUGAGCUCCAUGUCCUGGCUGGACAGGGUGGCAUCCUCUAGCUGGACAGCCAGCAAAGCAGGCAGCAAGUGUGACUCCACUGCAUCCUGCUCAAGGGAUGAGACCUGCUGCAAGAGCUCUUCAGGAGCCUGGGCAUGCUGCCCACUGCCUCAGGCUGUAUGCUGUGAAGACCAUGUCCACUGUUGUCCUCAUGGCACCGUCUGCAACCUGGCCGCCCAGACCUGUGAUGACCCCUCCGGCUCUCUGCCUUGGUUGGAGAAGGUGCCCGCAAUCACCACGGGGAGCCUCGAUGAGAAGUGCGAUGAGCAGUCUGUGUGCCCCAGCGGGACCACCUGCUGUCAGCAGAACUCUGGACACUGGGCAUGCUGCCCCCUCCCCCACGCGGUGUGUUGCGAUGAUCACGAACACUGCUGUCCCAAAGGGUACAAGUGUGACGUCUCCCAGGAGACGUGCGAACGGCCAGAUUCACUCAGCCUCCCGUGGUUUAGGAAGCGGCCAGCGCUGCAGAAAGAUGGUCCCACUCAGGCUGUGGAUUCCAGCCCCGUUCCGACAGAAGGAAAUCAGUGCGAUGCCCAUACUAACUGUCCCAGGGACAACACAUGCUGCUACAUGAAGAAGCUCAAGAAGUGGGGCUGCUGUCCUCUGCCAAAGGCUGUUUGCUGUGAGAACGGAGAACAUUGCUGUCCCCAUGGCUACCGAUGUGACCCGGGACAGAGCUCCUGUGACCGGGGUGACUUGGUGAUCCCCUGGUACAGGAAGGUGGAGGCCCUGAGCAGCACUGCCUUGCCCAAAGAUGUGAAAUGUGACACGGAGACCAGCUGUGCUGCUGGCACCACUUGCUGUCGGCUUCCCACAGGGCAGUGGGGCUGCUGCCCACUUGUCAAGGCUGUGUGCUGCGCAGACCAUGAGCACUGCUGCCCCCAGGGCUACACAUGCAACAUGAAAGCGGGUACAUGUGAAAAAGAUGGCAGACCUCAGGAUGUCCCUGUGAGCCGGGUGUCUCCUCCAGAUUCAAAGGACCCCCAAUGUAGUGGCUGUUCAGAUGGCGAAACCUGCUGCAGGACCUCGGGCAACACCUGGGCCUGCUGCCCUUCCCCUAAGGCCGUGUGCUGCAGCGAUAUGAAACACUGCUGCCCCACGGGUUACAGCUGUGAUCCAGCAGCCGGUUCCUGUAGCAGGACACAGGAGCAGACGUGGCAUUCCCUCACGGCGCUGGAGCAAAGAGCCUUCAUCCCAGUGUGACGCCAAAUUGCUGCGUUCACACUUUCUCCACCUCCGGGACAGGCGGGGGGAAGUGAGAGAAAUCACUCUCUCCCAUUGUCCCAUUUUAAAAACAAAUGUGAUUUUUAUCUUGCGCUAAUGGUGAACUGUUUAAAUCAAAGGGAUCUGAAUGCAGACGUGUCACCCACUGUACGUGUCCCUCCAUGCAGGACAUGAUGGGGCUUCAGCUAAUUAUGUCCAGCAGAGUCCCAACCUGCCACUGACCACACUAGUGUGGACACUGUCUCCGUUUACUUUAGGUGGCCUCUUACAAUGUUCAUUGUGCAUAAGGCAAGUUGACUUGAUUCUGCUGAAGGGGUUUCUCUGCAUUUUUCACUGCACAAGUCUUCUUGUACAUGUGAAGGUGCCUCAAGGUAAUCAGCACAUCACUAGUUGGGUGCAGCUCUAAGGGAAAUGCAUCAAACACUCAGAGCUCCUAUUCAUAGCUCACUUCUAAGUCUCUUCGUAGCACAUUGAAAUUGAGUUUUUCUCUCCUUGAAUGGAUUCGUAACGGAUUUAUGCUGGAGUGUGUUUUUAGGAAGGAGCCCAUUGCUUACUUCCCCAGUGUCGGCCCGGGAGACCCGCGAUGUUUCCGUACUUUGACGCUCCAGCUGUGAUGCGAUGCACUCCACUUCUUGGGCUCCUCUGGUGAUCGUGAGCACGUUCAUUUGUUCCUGCACUGCAGCUUCACUCUCUGUUCACCUAUUUUGCACUCAGUUAGUUACAAACAAUAUGAUUUGACCGUUGGCAACAGUCACUGCCAGGAUCUUGUGGUCUUUCCGCUAAUUGCCAAUAUAUACAGUAUAUAUUUUUUAAACUUAAGUGUUUCUCUCAAAUUAAAAUAAACUGACACUCUUAAGAGAGCAUAUCAACAUUUGUUUCUUCUGCUUAAGCAAGUAAAAGUAUCUCCUAAGUAUUUUAAUGCACUUAAAUCUAUACAGUACAGGUAGAUCUUAAUGUUACACUAAAAAGGAGCAGAACAGCACUCGUUAACAUUGAUUUGAUGAAUAGCUGCUCUUGGUCUGCUUCAUAGAGAUCAAUGUACUUGAAGAGGAGUAAACAGUAUCUGCACCCUGUUUCAAAGGACAUGUUAGUUAUUGGAGCAAUUUUGAGUACUCCAUUGUUUAUACUGCAGUUUUUAUUUCUGCCAUGCUGACCUUGAGUUUUCUGUAUCUAGGCAUAACUAGUGUUGACAGAUUGCAGAUUAUAAAAGAAGUAUGUUUGAAUUUACACCUGUACGAUAUGACAUAGUAACAGCUGUCCUGCUCUACAAAGAUAACAAUCAGUAAUUCCUCAUCUGUAAUAUUAGCGCGUGGAUUUACAGUAGUACUCUUUGCAUAGAAUGUGUGUUUCUCGAGUAUGUUUUCACUCACUCACUUACUGCCAGUAAAUUUUUGUUUGUACUUCCCAGGGGUGUCAGCUUCUCACUUUGAAUAAAUGAUUUUAACAGUGGGGGAAAUGUGUAAAGUAACGUUUUCAGUUUUUCUAAUGAAAAAAUGUCUUUUAUGCCCAGUCACUGUAAAUUGACAUGAGUGGAAACGCACAAGUGCAGAUUAUUCUGCUGCCGUGAACGUGUGAACUGCGGUGGAAUGAGUGCAGUGCUCAGUGAUGUGAAAUAAAAGAACUGAAUUCUUCAGGCAUUUUUUUUCUCUCCUCUCUUCUCCCUUACCCCUUCCCCCCGAGAG